GGAAGACCUGGCAUUAACGGCCCGGGGGCGUGCCAUAGCCGGCAAUUCGGUAGUACGGUCCGAGUUAGCCACGCAUCCGUUGCGUUGGACCCGGUGGCCGUCAUCCUGACUCUUUGUCUCCCACUCUCGACGUUUGUAAGCCAGCCCCACUUGUAAGCCGUCACGUCGUCCCAGCAAUAACACAACAAUAUCGUUGCAACCGUACCUCUUGCAGAAAUGUUGAUCACUCUGAAUGGAAUACCUGUGAUUUCUAUCUCUUCUACUUUACAAUCUUCUUCGCUUCUGUUCUCAUCGUCUCCAUUUGCUGGAGGUUAUCCUCCCGUCGAAAAAUUCUUCAUUCCUCCUCGUCCUCAUCCUCGCCGGUGUCUCCCCUUGGAAAAUAUCUCGCGUACAGACAAAAAAGUCCACAACAAAGCGAUCAAAAACUUAUCAGUUUUCCUCUCUGAUUCUAAAGAUGCGCUUCCACCGCCGGAGUUGGCAAGAUUGUGGAAAGGAAUAUUUUAUUGCUUCUGGAUGUCUGACAAGCCCUUGAUUCGGCAAGCUGUCGCAACCGAGCUUACAGAACUUGUGUUGACUAUCACGUCAACGCCAGCUGCGCUUUCGUUUCUAAGUUGAUUCUGGGAAACGACGGUUCGUGAGUGGA